AUGGCGAAAGAAAGGGUUGAAGGUGGAAAAAUCCCGGCAAUUAAAAAGGGCCAAGGAUUUAUUGAUGACCGUAACCACUGGUCCAUAUAUAAAACAACGGACAAGACUCGAAGAUAUUCAGAAUUGACAGGACUGCAGGGCGAAUUCGCAAGAAGCUAG